AUGGCGGCCUAUUACUAUUCACUGGCGGUACUUCCAAUGUCCGACGCAGUGGUGCUCACCUACACCAGCCCUGUCCUGACUGCAGUGGGAGCGACGCUUCUUCUGGGAGAGGUUUGGCAUGGCCUGGAUUUCCUGGGCUCUGGGCUGUGCCUGGCUGGUGUGAUGAUGAUCAGCAAACCUCCAAUCCUUUUGCAUCUGCUGGGCUUGCAGGAGGAAAGCGUGGAGCUUUCACCGCUGGGCCUGCUGGCUGCCUUGCUCGCGGCGUUUUGUGCCACCGCUGUGUAUUUGGUGAUUCGAAUCCUCAAGGACAAAGAUGUGCAUUCCUUGGUCUUCGUGAACUAUCUGGCCUUGGCUGCAGUGGUGACUUCUCCUGUCUUGGGUGCUGUCUUAGAGGAACGCUGGGACCGAAGUGUGAUCUUCCAGCCAGCGCUGGGCCUCCUCUUCCUGCUAGCAGCCCUGGCAUCACUGGGAGAAACGCUCUUGGCGGUUGGCUUAAAGCUGGAAACUGCCGCGAAAGCCACAUCCAUGAACUACUUGCAGGUGGUCUUCGCUUUCUUCUUCCAGGGCGAUGUCUUGCACGAAUCCAGUGACGAAGUGAGCAAGAUCGGGGCACUGAUGAUUUCUACCUGGGGUGUGGUGGCGCUGGCAAAGGAGAUGUUUGCUGAGGAGGAGAAGGCCGUUGAUAUGGACAACAUCAAUUGCAUGAUCGCGGGUGAGAAGCGCUUCUACUUCAUGCACCCCUCCUACAAGGACGACUUCGAGGCGCAUCCCAACAGCAAGAAGAAUCGCUUCGGCUGGGUAGAUACCGACCUGGACAGCUCCAUCAUGUGGGUGCGGGCUCGCCCGUGCCUGGCCCUUCGAGCGGCCUCUUUGGGGAAGCUGCAGCAGCUUCAGGCACGGCACUUUGCUGAUCCCAGCCAGGUCCGGCAGAAUGUCUUCAAAGAGGUGAUGAAGACGAAGCGCAAGCAGAUUGGACUCUGGACGGGGCUCCGGAGCACGUUGGUUGCUGAGAUGCUUUCUCAUGUCUCUGGCAUGGAUUGGUUCGUGGUGGACAUGGAGCACUCGCCCAACGAACUCAAUGAUGUUCUUCUUCAGCUACAGGCCUCGCAGCGGGGGAGCGCCGAGCCGGUGGUGCGGGUGCCCUGGGCCGAGCCGGUGAUCGUGAAGAGGGUCUUGGACCUGGGCGCGCAAAGUUUGAUCUUCCCUUGGAUCAACAGUCCGGAGCAGGCGCGCGAGGCUGUCGAGGCGACGCGGUAUCCCAGCUUGGGAGGCAUUCGUGGCGUGAUGAGCUUGGCUCGCAUGAACAACUACGGCGCACAGAACCCGCACUACUACAAGGAGGCGGCCGGACAGAUCUGCAACAUCAUGCAGAUCGAAACGGUGGAGGCGCUGGCCAACAUUGAGGCCAUCGCGCAGGUGGAGGGCGUGGACGCGCUCUUCGUGGGGCCCAGCGAUCUCAGUGCCUCGAUGGGCUUUAUUGGACAACCUCAACAUCCAGAGGUGAAAGCGGCCAUUGAGGACGCCUUCCGCCGCAUCGUGGCCACCGGGAAGGCGGCGGGCUUCCUCACCGCCAACAAGGACGAUGCCAAGUGGGCUUUGAAGUGUGGCUGCUCCUUCGUGGCAGUGGGGAGUGAUAUGCAGAUGCUCACAGCGGCGGCCAAGGGUGCGGCUGCAGAGUUCCAUGACUUCGCCAAGAGCUUGUAG